CAUUCAAGCACGAUGUAAAUACAUGACAAAUUUGAAAUCAAAUUGAGUUAUCAGAUUCAGAUAUGAAGAAAUUUCAUCAAAAGAUUUCAGUAUGAGAAAGGAACAUAAGUUGUUUGGAUAAUUGCUCAAUUGCUGUAAAUUCUUCGUUUUUUCAAUUCAAUGAAAGUGAAAAUUAGAACUUUGAAAAAUGCUGCAGGACUUCACCGCUUUUUUGCUAUUUAUAUGCAUUAGCAUCUUUAGUUGGAUAGUUUCUUAUUCAGACUUCGAGGAGCUCUUGGUAUGCUAUGGUUGUAAUCAAGUUGAACCAGAAUAUGAUUUCGUGAUAGUCGGAGGGGGAACAGCAGGAUGUGUUCUAGCCAGAAGACUUGCAGAAAACAGCAGCGCAUCGAUUCUAAUUCUAGAAGCAGGCGGAAGAGGAAAUAGUCUGUUGUCCAUACCAGUGGCUGCUCCUAUGCUUCAGCAAUCCAACUUCGAUUGGAAAUACACAACUACGAGACAAACUGGCGCCUGCUUGAGUAUGGAUAAACAGAAAUGUAAAUUUCCCUUGGGAAAAAUUCUUGGAGGUUCACAUCAACUAAAUAAUAUGUUGUAUACAAGGGGACAUCCAUCAGAUUUUGAUGUCUGGUUCAAAGAUUUACCUGGCUACACCUAUGAGAAAGAUGUUGAGGAGUACUUCAAACGAGCAGAGCAAGUAUAUUUGUCGAAUGAGACAAUUAGUAACACGGAAUCUCCCGCCCUUCUCACGCCAGUGAGGUACUACUCCUUAGUAUCCUCCAUAAUUAUGGCAGCAUUCAACAGACUGGGUUAUACAUCACAUCCGCCCACUCAAAAGUUCUUCGGAGGUUUUUAUAGGCCCAUGGUGACUCAAAAAAACGGAAGACGCUGGACGACCUCCGAUCAUCUGCUGGAAAUGAAAUUUCCAAAUGUCGCCAUCUUAACGAAGGCGAGAGCAGAAAAAAUUAUUUUCAAAGAUAACUUUGAAAUAGCUGGAGUAAAAUUCAAUUAUUUGGGAGAUAAUAUGUUUGUGAAGGCGAGAAGAGCUUUGAUACUGUCGGCUGGAACCAUAGGGUCUGCUAAACUAUUGAUGCUGUCCGGAAUAGGCCCAAAAGAUCAUCUUGAAGCUUUGGGGAUCAAGGUAGUUAAAGAUCUACCAGUUGGCAAUAAUCUUCAAGAUCACUUAACAACAGGUUUAGACAUGAUGCUUGUGAAUAAAUCUAUUGGCAUAAGUUUGAGCGAUAUUCUAAACCCAAUGCAAGCAUUUAAAUAUAUGUUCCAAUCUCAAGGAGCGUGGACAAGUAACGGAGUCGAUUUGAUUGGGUUCUCCAACGAACAGUACGUUCACUGCAAAAAUCAAAUCAGGAAAAAUAGCACUUUGUGCUAUGAACAGUUUUCUCAAAUCAGACCAGAUAUUGAAAUCAUGAUGUUGCCAAUGGGUCUUACGUCGGACAUGGGUAUCCAUUUGAGAACUUUAUUCGGAAUUACUGACGAAGUUUGGGAUAAAUAUUUUGCAAAAAUCAAUCAAACAGCUAUGGGAGUCUUACCUGUUCUACUCCAUCCGAAAAGCAGAGGAACGGUUAGGCUGGCGAACAAGAACCCCAACAGUAAACCUUUGAUAAAUCCAAAUUACCUGAGCCACCCAAAUGAUAUCAGAAUUCUUUUGAGUUUCAUAAUGCAAUGUAGAAAAUUGUUUGAUAGGGCUAUGAGAGGAAGAACUGUUGGAAUGCGUCUUUAUGAACGACCUUUUCCCGGUUGUGAACAUCAUGAAUUUGGUACUUUAUGUUACUGGGAGUGCUACUUGAGGCGGAUGUCCACAACUUGCUACCACCCUAUAGGAACCUGUAAAAUGGGUGUGACAAAUGAUAGUGUUGUCGACUACGAUUUUCAUGUUCAUGGUACAAAUAAGUUGUUUGUUGUCGAUGGCUCGGUGCUGCCUUCUCAAAUAAGCGGGCAUAUCAUGGCUCCUAUAAUAAUGAUGGCGGAGAGGGCUUCUGAUCAUCUCAAGAAAUUUCAUGGUUUCGAGAUAUCUAAACAGAAAUUGUUUUCCAAAAAUCCUACUUGAGAUCUCUUGUAAUUUUUCAAUUGUUGUGUAUAAUAAAUGGUUAUUUGUUA